UCGCGCGAGAAAUCAUCAUGCUUCCAAUUAUUAAAGAACUUCUAUCGGUGUGUACAGAUAAAACACAGUUAAUUGAUAGUGACCACAUGAAAAGCAAUCUUCUCUAUCGGAAAGUUAUCCUAGAUGUUCUAGACCCGCUGUACGAAGAUAAAAGUGCCGUGUUUGAUAACACUGCAUCCACCAAUUUGAUAAAAAUUGGUGUUCUUUAUGAUUGUAUCUACAACCGCCUGCACACAGGACAAUGGAGUACCGUGGAUGAAACAGAUAGGAAAUGUUUUACAGUUCUUUCUUAUGCGAGGAUUUUAUACACAUUACUCGUUUCGAAAGAUCUACACUGUGGUGUAAAAGAUGGGAUAUAUUUAGCCGAUUUGGGAUUGAUGCUGGGAGAAAAACUUAGACUGAAUGACAAAAAUAUCGGAAACGAUCUUCUAACGGAGUGUGCAUCCAUUCUUACAAGAUAUUUAGCUGACGCUAACGUGACUGUACCUCCAUCGAAACGCCUCAGGUUGGAUGAGAAAGUUGAAGAAGUGGGAUUAACGGAGAAACCGGACGUUUCAAUACUAGAAUGUCCCUCGUUGGAAGUUUUUGGGAAACAAUGUUACGAUCCAAAACAACCCGCAAUAAUACGAGGAAUCAUCAAAGACUGGCCUGCGAUGGAACUAUGGCACGACCCUGGCUAUUUGCUUUCCAUCGCUGGGGAACGUACCGUUCCAAUUGAGCUCGGAUCUCAGUACAGCAAUGAUGAUUGGUCACAGAAAUUGAUGAAAUUUGGCGAGUUCGUUGAACAAAACAUCUGUACCAAUUCGCCGAGCCCUUUGGACGGAAAUCGUACCGCCUAUCUGGCGCAGCAUGAUUUGUUCGAUCAAGUUCCCGCCUUGCGCCGUGAUAUCACCGUCCCGGACUAUAUCGGUCGUACCGAUGCAAACCCGCGUAUCAAAGCAUGGCUCGGACCGAAAGGUACCGUUUCGCCAUUGCACACCGAUCCGUGCCAUAACCUACUGUGUCAGGUUUUCGGCAGUAAGACCAUAAUCCUCGCCCGUCCAGAAGACACCGACAACCUGUACCCACACGAACACUUCAUACUGAGCAAUACAUCGCAGGUCGAUGCUCGGCAUCCGGACUACGAGCGGUUUCCGUUGGUGCGCCAGGUGCGGUUCCAUCGGUUGACGCUACACCGGGGAGAGGUACUGUACAUACCGCCAAAAUGGUGGCACUACGUGGAAUCACUGUCACCGAGCUUCUCCGUUAGCUUUUGGUUUGAAUGAUUCAUGCUGAUUGCUGCCACCGUUGCCGCUGCGUGCGCCAAAUAAAGGUACCGAAAGCCGAAAUAAACACUUAU